CCCUCCCAUCCUUUCCUAACCAUUUUCCUCUCCAACUUCAUCAACAUCUUCAUGUAAUAAUAUACAUGCCUAAAUUCCUCACCCACCAACCUUCCCCAACGCAACUAAGCUACCCUUUAAGGGAAUAGCUUGAUUGGGUUGCUUGAGACUUGCGUCACACAAUGAGUUUGAAUUGCCUCACCUGUGGCCACAUCUUUCAAAGGGUAGAUUCUGAAAGGGAGUCUCUCCCAGAAAUGAAGGCUAGUAGGAAAGUGUCCAAGCAUGUUGAUAGGAAUUGGUCAGGAAAUAUAAACCCACCACAACAUGGAGGUGGGGAUGUGGCCAAGAUUAAGGCAGAACAUCAUCGACGCGCCAAUAGUGAAGGCGACCUGGGUCCAAGAUUGGUAAGGAGUAGAGGAAUGAGAAGGGAUUGGACUUUUGAGGAUUUGAAAACUUGAAAGGACAACAAGGCAAGGGGCUUACAUGCUACUAAUUAAAAGUGUGAUCAUUCAUUAUAAUAUAUACACACAAACUUAAUUGUGAUUGUUAAAUACAUUGUGUAUAUUUAUUAAUUUGUUGGUGGAUUCGUUGAGGAAGUGUGGGAGAUGUAUAGAUGGGUAUUAUUCACCAAUUCUAGCAUGGUGUUCCAAGCGCUUCGCAAAUGGAAAAUUACGAUGAAGGCGCUUUUUUUGCCCCAUAGUAAAUUAAAUCCCUAAUUUUUGUUUACUUGUUUCA